AUGGAAUUGGGCCAUACGAGUUGCACGAGUUAUAAUGGUUGUAUUUCAUCGACGAAACCUUUUUUUUUACAAUUACCUUCUGAUAAAGUUUCAAUAAAGCGAAAAAUUUUGGCAUUUGAUGAUGAAGCAAUCCGCCAAGCAGUUAGUGAAAUAACACGUGAGGAACGUAUCGAAUUAGAGGAAAUGGAAAUCUUUGCCAAAGAAUUUAAACGAAAACGUAUAAAUUUCGGUUUGACUCAGAAUGAUGUUGGCAUAGCUUUAGGUUAUCGAUUUGGCGUUGAUUUCUCACAGACAACUAUUUCACGCUUUGAAGCCUUAAAUCUGUCCUUUAAUAAUAUGAGCAAAUUAAAACCACUGUUAGAGGAAUGGCUAGCAUAUGUGGAAGCUGCUAUAGCGAAUGGUGCAACAAUUCACUACUUGCUUGAAGCUACUCCAAACCAUUCGCAGAAUCAGUUUCUCGGUAAUCUUUUUGGGGCGUCAAAUUCUGGUACCUCUAACACACCAGGAAUGAAUGAAUCUAGGGCACUUUUAAGAAAACGCAGAAAACGAACAAAUCUUGAUUUGUCUCAAAGAGUGCCACUAGCUUUAUAUUUCAAAUUAAAUCCGCGACCAGACCAUGAUAAAAUUGCCAAACUGGCGGAAAUACUGGAAUUGGAUCGUGAUGUUGUUCGUGUAUGGUUUUGCAAUCGUAGGCAAAAAAUUCGUGGAAAGUAG